AUGAAACUUCUUUAUGAUAAUAAUCAUUCUACACAAAAAUUACCAAAUAGUCAUACAUCAUUACUUGAUUCUCAAAUAUCACCCUUAAAAGUGAAUAUUAAAUUAAAAACACAUUCUCUUACAUGUUUGGAUAUCCCAUUGGACACAUUAGCUGAUUUUAAACAUAUGUCUUCAUCGCUUCGGUGUGAUCAUCAAAUAACAAUGGCUGGUAGUGUUGAUCUUAAUUCACAAAUACAACAACGAUUAAAUGAUAAAAAUUUCUUUGGUUUCUCAUCUUCUCAGCCUUUAAUAAAUAUUGUAUCAUCUAAUAAACCAUUACCAUCAGCUCAACAAGAAUGGCGACAAAUUAUUAAACAUCGUUUUCCAUUAUCAAAUUCAUCUUUAACAUCUUCAUCGUUAAAUGAUUCUAUUGUUCGACUUCGACGCAGUGUUCAUUUACAAAAUAUUCAUCAAUCAUCAUUACAAGCUAUUGAUAAAAUACCUAAACAAAAACGUCGUGUUUUACUUAACCAUAAUGGACCUAUUCCGAAAUUUACUUUUCGUGAUUUACCAUCAUAUUCUCGGCAAACAUCAUCUGGCAAUCAAUUUGAACAGCCAUCGGAUUCUCGAAUAUCUCCAUAUGUUUCAUUACCUGAGAUUCAAUCUGUUGUCAAACAGAUUGAUUCAGAUAAUACAAAUAUUUUGAAUAAUAAAUCUAAACCAUUACCCUCAACUACAUCAUCAUCGUCUUGGAAAAAAUCAGAUUCUUGGUCAUGGAAAUCGAAUGAUUCUCUACAAAUUCAUUCAUUUAAAAAUAGACAAAUUCAUUCAAACAUAGUCAAUAAACAAAUGCAGUAUCGCUUUGAUGAUCAUUGUCAUUCUCACUUACCUGUUAUUAUUGAAUCACCAUUACAAAAACGUUCUUCUUUACAAACAAUCCAUCAAAAUGAUUCUUAUUCUUCAACAAAAUUAACAAAUAUGCAUUGUUCAGAUUCUUCUUUUCAUAAUGAUAAAAUUCAACAGAAAUCACAUAGAAUAUAUCAAAAAAAGAAUGUUUUUCCUCAUUCAAUUUCACAUUAUGAAGUAUCAGACAAUCGACUUUCAUCCCAAUCAACAAAUCGAUAUCCAUCAACACCUCUACUUCCUCAUUCACGUCAAAAUACUAAUAAAUUUGAUUAUCAUUCAUAUGAGUUUGAUAUGUCACCUAUGACCAUUUUCGAUGAUACUUAUGAUGAUAGUGAUUCUAUUUCAAGACCUAGCAGUUUUCGUUCAUGUCUUGAUAGUAUUAAUGAUUAUUCAGAAAAUAAUAUUACUGAUUUAUCAUCAUCAUCAUCAUCAUCAUCGUCAUCAUCAUCAUCAUCAUCAUCGGAGAGUUAUUUUCAUGAGGUUUCUUUUAAUUCUAAUUUGAAACCAGAAAUUUUUAAUGAACAAAAAAAACACACACGAUUAUCUAUUCGACAUAUUUGCAGUAUUCAAUAA